ACGUUAUAUGACUGAUAACACAAAUGUUUAUUUGAGAAAUUACUACAAUAAUGAAAAUUCUAGUAUAGCUCAAUGUAUGUUAUAUAAAAAGAGUGAUUAUUUAAUUAACACUUAAAUUUUAAAUAAUAUUGUAUAGUCUUGUUAUAAAAUGUUGGCCUUAUUUAAUUUACAAAGUCUUUUAACUAUUUUACUUUUGUCUAUUUGCACAUGCACAUAUUUGAGACAAUUAGUACCAAGUAUUAUAGAUAGAAAUAAAGUAGGACCUAUGGGAACUUUUUGGAAGCUGGCCCGUAUUGGUGAACGUAAAAGCCCAUAUGUAUCUUUUUGUUGUGUUGCAAUGGCGUUUACUAUAUUAUUUUGGACUUGACUAUCAAAUUUAAUUAUAAAUUAAUUGAGAAUGUGUAAAUAUACUUGAAAAAUUUUCAUUGUUGAUUUGUAAAAUAUCUUUAAGCUAAUGUAAUUAUUUAACAACAAAUUCCAUCUGUUAGAAAAAAUUUGUUUUUCUGUUGUAAUUAUCCUAAACAUUUUGUGAUCUAAACACUUCAGUUUUUUAAUUACGUUACUAUUAUUAUAUUGUUUAAUUGUUCUAAAUAAUAAUUUUAUAACUAUUCAUUUGAGUUAUUAAAAUCAAAAUUUAGUUUCAAUAUUAAUAGAAAAAUUUCAUAAGCUUUAUUGCUAUGUUAGUUAAUUAAAUGUUAUGUCUAAUAAUAAAAACAUGAAUAUUUAAGAUAUUUGCAUAUUUAACAUAAAAAUACAUUGAAAACAAGUACAUAAUUCUGUUUUAAUGGAAAACAGGAUCUGAUUAAAAUUGAAAUAUUUUUGUAAAAAAUCUGUAGUUAUAUCAGGUACCAACAAAAAACAAGAAGGAAAUUUCAAUGGUAAAUUUUUUUUUAUUAUGAGUUUGGCAUUAAGAAAAUGUUUCCCUAAGUUUUCUUUUAGUAAUCGGGUAACUUAAAUGUUAGCUAUUCAAUAUCCUGUAAUUAAUUAAUCAAUUUUGUAUGUAAUAAUUAUGUUGUUUUUUAAUCCAUUCUUUAUACCUUAUUAAGGUGUCAAAUAUAUAUUUUUUAGAU